AUGUCGCCUCACGCGCUUUUGGAAGAGACAUUGGGUCUUGAACCGACAGACCUGGCCAAGUUUGCCGUCUCACGGAAUGCCUUCCUUCCCGAGGAGAACCUCCCCAAGAUGCUUUCAGACUCAUACUAUGAGCCGUGGGAACUCGUUGCGCACAACUUGCCCGAGCUCACCGAAGCUGGUCGCAUCCGUGACGCCAUCAGACAACUUCCCAUGCUGUCGACAGAUCGCUUGCAGUCUGAAGCCGAGUGGCGCAGAGCCUAUGUUAUCUUGUCAUUUUUUGCAAACGCAUACAUCUGGGGAGGAGAUAUACCUGAACAGAUUCUGCCACCGACAUUGACCGUCCCUUUCCUUCGCAUCUCGGCCCAUCUGGAGCUGCCUCCCACUCUGACCUAUGCCGGCGCCAACCUCUGGAACUUCCACUGUGAGGGAGACGAUUUUGCCGACGUCGAGAAGCUCAGCACUCUGCUAUCCUUUACCGGAACCGAGUCCGAGUCGUGGUUCCUUCUCAUCAGCGUCGCCAUGGAGGCCAAGGCCGCCUCCAUCAUCCCAACCAUGACCCGUGCCAUCGAGGCCAUCAAGACCCACGACUACCAGGUCAUCAUCAAGGCGCUGGAAGAGCUCAGCACGCACAUUGAAGAAGUUGGCAUCCUCCUGGAGCGGAUGCACGAGCGAUGCGACCCCAUGACCUUCUACCACCAGAUUCGGCCAUUCCUAGCCGGCACCAUGAACAUGGAGGCUGCUGGCCUGCCCAAGGGUGUCUUCUACGACGAGGGGGACGGCAGAGGAGAGUGGAGGAAGCUCAGGGGCGGGAGCAACGGCCAGAGCUCGCUCAUCAUGUUCUGGGACAUUGUCCUCGGCAUCGAGCACAAGGGCCACUCGGAGAGCAAGCGGAGCUUCCACGAAGAGAUGAGAGACUACAUGCCUGGCCCCCACGCGAGGUUCCUCGUGCACGUGGCUCGUCUGGGCAGCAUCCGCCAGCUCGCGCUCGAUCUCGAGGACUCCGAAGGCGAGGCAGAGCAGCGCCUGAGAAAGGCCUACACUGUAGCCACGGAAACGUUGACCAAGUUCCGGCAGAAGCACCUUGGCAUCGUGACGCGGUACAUCCUCAUCCCGUCCAAGCAGCCGUGGACCGGUUCGACCCGCAAGAACCUGGCGAGCUCCUCGUUGGAAAAGAAGGGAGAGCACCUGACCGGCACGGGAGGAUCCCAGCUCAUCCCGUUCUUGAAGCAGACAAAAGACGAGACUCGGUUUGCGGGGAUGCUGAUGGACUCGAAGCCUUGA